ACGAGUCCACUGCCUAAUUCACCAGCAAGCACUGUGCUGCAAAGUGUUGAAGUGGGAUUCUGUAAUGAAGGUUGUGGUGUCGUGCAUAAACUUCAUCAGAGCAAAGGGACUUAAACACAGGCAGUUCCAAGAAUUCCUGUCUGAACUGGAGUCUACGCACGGAGAUGUGCUGUACUACACAGAGGUCCGAUGGCUGAGCCGGGGCAGAGUUUUGAGGCGUUUUUUCGAGCUGCUACCCGAAAUUAACGCAUUUCUUCAUUUAAAAGACAAAACGGUCCCAGAGCUGAUCGACCCAGAAUGGAAAUGGCACCUCGCAUUUUUAACAGACGUGACAGAAAUACUUAACAGCCUUAACUUGCAGCUACAAGGCGAGGGGAAACUCAUUUGCGACAUGUAUUCACACAUAAAAGCAUUUGAGGUGAAAUUAGCGCUGCUUUUGGAACAAGUGAAAAAGCGCAACUUCGUCCAUCUUCCUGCUACCCAAAACCUGUCGACAGAGAACCCAGCGGUCCCGUUCCCAGCUGAAAAGUGCGUGGAAGCACUGGAAAUGCUGAAGGCGGAGUUCGGUGUGCGAUUCAGUGAACUACAUGUUCAUGCAAAAGAAAUCCGUCUUUUUCAGAACCCCUUUGUUGCCGACAUUGAUGAAGCCCAGCCUUCAUAUCAGUUUGAGUUGGCUGAGUUACAGAACUGUGAUGUUCUGAAAGACGCAUUCAAGCCCAACAGUCUCAUUGACUUCUAUGCCGCCCUCCCAAACGACACAUAUCCAAACAUCAAAAAACACGCAAUGAAAAUGUCCACAGUUUUUGGCAGCACGUAUAUCUGCGACAAAACCUUUUCUCGCAUGAAACUGCUGAAAACCCCGAUGAGAUCAAGAUUGACAGAUGAACAUUUGCAUCAGUGCUUGAGACUGGCUGUAACUAGAAUGGAACCUGAUAUUCAACUUCUCACCAGCCAGAUGCAGGCCCACAGUUCACACUGAUGAACAUACAUAGGGAAGUUGAUGAGAGAGAGCUGCAAACAGCGGUGUCUACAAGCCUACUGGAACCUACAAAAGGAUUAUAAGGAAGGAACACAAUAACUUUAAGAGACUGCUCAUAUGUGUCAGAGAGAUUCUGCUCUGACAACUGAGCUGAACUUUUAUCUGUUAAGAUUGUGCAUGGCACGACAGAAAGUUAAUGUUCCAUGGCUUUUUUUUCUAUGAAGAACCCAGAGAGAGUUAUUUAGUUAUUAUUUAUUUCCUGUUUUUUCUGUGAAGAACUCAGAGAGGGUUAUUUAGUUAUUAUUUAUUUCAUUAAUAGUGUUAUUAUUUGUUUCCUGACUUUUUUUCUGUAAAGAACCUGGAAAGGGUUAUUUGGUUAUGUGUGGCUUUCUGGAAAACAAUACAUUUUUUAAGCUCCCCUACGAUCGUCACACUUUUUCUGUUACAAACUGACACCGGCCCCCCAUCAGAGAAGGGAAAAGUUGUGGCCCUCACAGGAAAAAGUUUGGGGA